AUGCUCCUCAGUGAGUUCGCUGCGGAUCUCGAAGCUCGAGAUGAGUCGGGAAACACGCCGCUCCUCGCCGCCUGUUUCCAAGGCAACUUUGAGUGCGUCAAGUUCCUCUUGCAGAGUGCCGUCAGCCUCCGAGCUGUAAACGACAACGGCGACUCUGCCCUACACCUGGCUGCAUGGGACGGCAGCAUCCAGUGUGUCAUGAUUCUGCUCGAGUACGGAGUGGAUCCCAUGGCUACCAACCGGUUCGGGUUAACGGCUCUGGGGAAUAUGAGGACUCGCUCUCCGAUGCGACACAAGUUUGACGAUUUACCGGAAGACCACCCUAUGCGCAGGACUCUUGUAAUACUGGACGAAGCGGAACGCCAGAGGCUACAGGUAGGCAACCUUUGUACAACUAACUGUACGCGUACUAUUGCCUACGCUGACUAA